AUGCAUUUAAAGGAAGUUCUGAAGCUCAUACGGCCAAGUGCCGCCCAAUCAGAAACCUGUUUGACAAGCUGUAUUUGAGAGCGAAGAAUCAACCCAUGUGGAAGAGAUUGUAGCAAGUUCUAGUCCGGUUGUCAAAAUCUUCCUCGUAUAGUUGAAGGUGAUUCCCAGCACCUAUGGUGCAUAAGCAACGAAGCCAUACAAUGAAGUGGAUCUUAGUUCUGGUGUUUGUUGGUCAAACGGUGGCCUACACGAUUCCCAACAUCCGCUUCGAGUACCCAACGGCACGAGGAUUCCGUGCCAGCAUACCGGACACUCCCGGCCUGCAGAUGUUUGCGUUCCACGCGCGUCUCAACAAACCGUUCGAGCGAUUCGAGGAGGGUGAUUACGCGGAAGAUGUAACCGAACCGGAUGACAAUGGCCUGUGGUUGUACAGCACAAACAAGCCAGCCCUUCCGAACGGGACAAUCAUCUACUACUGGGUGUACGUACAGUUUGCCGGCCAAGGGUACUGGCUGACGGACAAAAAGCAUACCGUGCUCCGGUCCAGGGCGACGGUGGCUCCAAAAACGACAACUACCACCACCACCACUACCACCGUGCCACCCUGUCCGCAUACAGUGACCACCUUUAACGGUGGCAAAACGACCUGCGCCGGGAAGCUGCUGUUCGAGGAUACCUUCGAUGAGCGUAGCUUCGCACCGAAAUGGCAGCACGAAAUACGCAUUCCACUGGACACGGAUUCGGCGGAAUUUGUGUCGUACCAGAACUUACCGGAAAACAGCUACAUUGCAGCGGGUCGUCUUGUGAUCGUGCCGACGCUUGUUAACAUGAAUGCCGAUUACAACGAUGAGCGGAUUCGCACCGGAGAGCUCGUGCUGAAAGGCUGUACCUCACCGACCGACAAUCCGUACGAAUGUCAACGGCAAGCUGCCCGGUCCACCAUUCUACCGCCCGUGGUGUCCGCUAAAUUGAACACCAAAAAUCAUUUCCGCUUCCGGUACGGGCGUGUCGAGAUACGUGCCAAGCUACCGAAGGGCGAUUGGAUAUUUCCACAACUGUUCCUGCAGCCGUACGAAAACUACUACGGAUAUGCUGACUACGCAUCCGGACAAAUGUGGAUCGCUCACAUCCUGUCGAACCGCGUGCUGGUGGCAGGGGAUGGGAAACAAAUCGGCGGCUACCGGCUGCGGGGUGGCGUUCUGAUCACCAACACUGACCCGGUGCGGUCGGAUUUUCUACGCUCCAACGUGAAGGAGGAGCAUUUCGGUGAUCAGUUCCACGUGUACGGGUUGGUAUGGACACCGGAACAAAUUUUGCUUACCGUCGAUGGGUUUCAGUACGGUACGCUGAGACCUAAUUUCCGGCAGCACGCUCAGCAGCACAAUCUUACACAGGCGAACCUGUGGAAUGCGGAGUCACCGCUGGCACCGUUCGAUCGUGAGUUCUACAUAUCAGUUGGUGUUGGAGUUGGUGGUGUUAAAGAUUUCCCAGACCAGUCCCAAACUGGCCCUUCGAAAAGCCCCAAACCGUGGAACAAUACCAGCCCGAAAGCGGAAUUCUUUUUCUACCAAAAUCGCAACACGUGGUAUCGCACCUGGACCGAACCGGAACUAACGAUUGACUAUGUGCGUGUGUACGCCUUGUAAAGGGGACACUCCCUCACUCCCCUCACCCGCUAAUGUCACAACUGAUUCGUUAUUAAUGAUGCCAUUUUUGUGUUUUUUUAACAUAUGUCUGGUAAACACUGGUCUGUCUGUGGUGACUGACACGGGAAUAGUCAUUAGCCGGCAGGUACGCAGGACGGGUCAGUGUGUUGUAGAUCCGCUUGAGGAAUAAAUAAAGCAAAACCAGCCACAGACAUGAA